AUGGGUGAAAAUAAGACUAAUAAUAAACAAGUUCGAGUGUGGUGCGAUGGGUGUUACGAUAUGGUACAUUUUGGUCACGCAAACUCGUUACGGCAAGCAAAAGCACUGGGCGAUGUUUUGAUUGUAGGGGUUCAUACAGAUGAAGAAAUCUCGAAGCAUAAAGGACCGCCUGUUUUUACGCAGGAGGAGCGAUAUAAAAUGGUGCGUGCCAUCAAGUGGGUGGACCAGGUGGUAGAAGGUGCACCUUAUGUCACUACACUUGAGACACUGGACAAGUAUCAGUGUGAUUUCUGUGUACAUGGAGAUGAUAUUACAGUGACUGCUGAUGGAAUUGAUACAUAUCACUUAGUGAAAAAAGCAGACAGAUACAGGGAGGUACAAAGGACAGCCGGUGUUUCUACAACAGAUUUGGUCGGACGUAUGCUGCUCCUCACUAGAGAACAUUUCAAAAGAGGUGACAAAGAGUACACAGUGGCUUUGGAGCAUUCGUCAAACCUCGGUACAGAUUCCACAGCACGGUCACCGUAUACGGGAUGCUCAAAAUUCUUGCCCACCACACAGAAAAUCAUACAAUUCAGCAGCGGCCUUUCGCCUAAACCUACCGAUAAGGUUGUAUACGUUGCGGGUGCUUUUGAUCUGUUUCAUGUAGGACACCUCGAUUUCUUAGAAGCCGCACACAAACAAGGCGAUUUUCUAAUCGUGGGCCUGCACACCGACCUUGAAGUGAACAGAUACAAAGGAUCAAACUAUCCGAUUAUGAAUCUACAUGAACGCGUGCUGUCAGUUCUUGCCUGCAAGUAUGUUCAUGAAGUGGUAAUUGGUGCGCCGUAUAGCGUCACAGCUGACCUUAUGGAUCACUUCCGAGUCAAGGUGGUGUGCCAUGGACGCACCACCAUAGCGACUGACGCUGAUGAAUCUGAUCCCUACAAGGUUCCUAAGCAACGUGGAUGUUUUAAGAUAUUGAACUCUGGCAACACUAUGACCACGGAGGACAUAGUACAACGAAUAAUACGUCAUCGACUUGAAUUCGAAGUGCGAAACUCACGCAAGGAACAAAAGGAGACUGCCAUUAUAAAGUUGAAAAAUGAACAGCAACAUGUUAAACAAAAUGGCAACUGCGAAAUUGAAGCUAAAUAG